AUGGGGCUAGUUGAAGAAAUACCUAAAGGUUCGGAUCCGAACGUGUAUUUCUCAUCGUCAAUCAACUUGAAGGCGUCAAAGUCCAUGUAUAGUAGUUCUAACACUGACCAAACCAGAAAAAGAUUGGCGGCUGGUUCUUACAACUUCAAUCAAUUGGAAGCAAAUGCUCAUGACAGUUCACUAAAUGAAAACUUAAUAGAACUCAGGAAAUCUGCGAAACGCCACCAGGAAAUAGACCGUGAGAAUUAUAACGAACAUCAAGUCAAGAUUGAAUUACCCAGAUCGGGUCUUCACGUAAAUUUCAAGGGUUUUGUCAGUGAUGAUUAUCCUAUUUUCGAUUUGAUCAAUUACUCAAAUAAUGUUAAUAAAGGAGCUAACUCAAGGAGAUUUAAGCAGGGUCAGACUCCACAAACGAGAAAGAUCUUAAUUUCCAGAAAAACCAUUAACAACUACUUUGAUGAAGACAUUGAUCACGCCAAAAUAUUAAAAGGAGAUGACCUAUUUAGUAAAGUAGACAAUAACUCUUCUUUACCUGGUAAAAAAUUGUGCUCCAUUUGUGGCAGUAAUGCUCCUAACAGAUGUGUUCGCUGUGCUGUUAGAUUCUGUGGUGUUCAGUGUUUGAAUAUACACAAAGAAACAAGAUGCUCGGGGUAUUAUGGUUGA